AUGAUACACUCCAUCCCACGCUCUUUUCAUAACAUUCGGAUCACUCUUUUUACCCGUGUCAACUGCUCUCUCUGUGUUGACGCCAAGAAAACGCUUGCCGAUGUUCAGAAGAUAAGGCCAUUUGAAUAUCGGGAGAUAAACGUUAUGGAUCCUGAAAGCAUGGGUUGGCGGGAUAUAUAUGAAUUUGACGUUCCGGUGAUUCACAUCAGCGCUUCUAGUCAAGGGGAGGAGUGUACAAAGCUCUCUUCUCACGCACAAAAGCUCAUGCACCGAUUUAAGCCCCAAGAUGUUGUAGCGAAAAUGAACCUCGUCGAAGCAAAAUCAAGAUGA